GCGGCCUCCUGUUGUAUGUCUGGUUGCCAUUCUUGGCCACACUUCCCUUCACCCCUCACUAUCGUGCAAAGAGCUGUACAGGCGGAGUCGCCCUUGUAUCCCUGCAGGUGUCUCCGUUCCGGAGUCAGGUUCACUGUGGCCUCCUUCCCCGACGGUUUACUGGAAGCAGCGCCAGGGGCCACGAGCUUUUCCCUUCAGCAAGCUGAAGCUUUUUACGCAUUUCGGUUUCCACAAAUGAUGGCUGAGGCUCCUAACGGGGAAGUUAUGGACACACAGCAGGUGCCAGCGGAAGUUCCAGAGCCAGCCCCUGCUCAGGAACCUGCACAAGAGACUCCAAAGGGAAGGAAAAGAAAACCCAGAAAAACACAACCAAAAAAACCAGUGGAACCCAAAAAACCUGCCGAGCCCAAGAAAUCUGCCAAGUCCACAAAAUCAAAAGAAAAGCAAGAAAAAAUUACAGACACGUUUAAAGUAAAAAGAAAAGUUGACCGUUUUAAUGGUGUUUCAGAAGCUGAACUUUUGACCAAGACUCUCCCAGACAUUUUGACCUUCAAUCUGGACAUUGUGAUUAUUGGCAUAAACCCAGGACUGAUGGCCGCUUACAAAGGGCAUCAUUACCCUGGACCUGGAAACCAUUUCUGGAAGUGUCUGUUUAUGUCAGGACUGAGUGAGGUCCAACUGAACCAUAUGGACGAUCACACUUUACCAGGGAAGUAUGGUAUUGGAUUUACCAAUAUGGUGGAAAGGACAACACCAGGCAGCAAGGAUCUUUCCAGUAAAGAAUUUCGUGAAGGAGGGCGUAUUCUUGUGCAGAAGUUACAGAAAUAUCAGCCACGAAUAGCAGUGUUUAAUGGAAAAUGUAUUUAUGAAAUUUUUAGUAAAGAAGUUUUUGGCGUAAAGGUUAAGAACUUAGAGUUCGGACUUCAACCCCAUAAGAUCCCAGACACAGAAACUCUCUGCUAUGUGAUGCCAUCAUCCAGUGCAAGAUGUGCUCAGUUUCCUCGAGCCCAGGACAAAGUUCAUUACUACAUUAAGCUGAAAGACUUAAGAGAUCAGUUGAAAGGCAUUGAACGAAACACAGAUGUUCAAGAAGUUCAGUAUACAUUUGACCUACAGCUUGCCCAAGAGGAUGCAAAGAAGAUGGCUGUUAAGGAAGAGAAAUACGACCCGGGUUACGAAGCAGCAUAUGGUGGUGCUUAUGGUGGAGAUCCGUGCAACAGUGCACCUUGCAGCUUCUCUUCGAAUGGGCUAACUGACAGUGGAGAAUCAGCCUUCGGUGAUGUUCCAAACGGGCAGUGGAUGGGCCAGUCGUUUACAGACCAGAUUCCUUCCUUUCAUAACCACCGUGAGACGCAAGAGCAGGAGGAAGGAAACCAUGCUUAAGCACGGUGCUUCCCAGCUCAGCUCAGAUGCUGCAGUUUUAAUGCAGUUGUCAAGAAGUGGCCCUCAGUUUGCUAACUGAAGUGUUUUACGAGUGUUUUCCUCUGGUGAUGUAACCAUAGUACAGUUGUGUGGUAGAAUCAACUGUAUGAACCUGUGUAGUUUGGAAGGAACAUUCAGGAUUUUUUGUAUAUGAGUUUUUAUAUUUGAAUUAGCCAUCAUUCCAGCAUUUUAUAGAGCCUUUUUCAUUUAUGAAGAAAUUGAUUUUCUUUUGGGAGUCACUUUUAAUGUGUAAUUUAAAAAUGCAGCAGUCUCAAUAUUUAUAUUUGAUUAUAAAUUGUGCAUAAACCUAGAUAUACCAUUAUCCCUUUUAUGCCCAAGAAGGGCAUGCUGAUAAUAAGAAUUACCGCUGGAAAAGAGGCACAAGUGUUCAUUUUCAUGCAAAUUACACCUCAGUGGCGGCGUCACACUCAGACCUCUUUACCACUGGUGGUCGUUUGUGAGGGCUGCUCACUAGUUCUCAUGUGGAGCGUGGCCUUGCAGCGGCAAGACUGACCUGGCCUUACCCGACAGGGAUUGAACCCUGGCAUCGGCCUCCUCGCCCCGCGUGUUAAUCCUCUAAUAGGCAGACACUUCUGCUGGGAUGGUGUACUCCAGAGAAUGCACUAGACCUUUUAAAUUUUGUUACUUCGUCUGUGUUUUACUUGAGAGACAUAUACGUGAUAGGGAAGGAACGGAAUUUCUCUUUCGAUAUCUCCAUCACCAUUGUCCUCAGCUUUAAGGAUGUAACAUAACAAGUGAGAAAAGAACUUUCAGGCUGAGUACAAAAUGCUGGAGGUGUUUGAUAAUCGUAUUUAAACUGGUGCUUUAUGUACAUGAGAUGUACUAAUAUAAAUAAGAGAAAUUUUCUUGCUAGUUAAAUCUAAUAAGCCAGUAAUUUAAGAAUUAUUUCUGUACAUCAUUGUUCUUUGUUACUGUGGACUAAGUUAACCUUACGGCAAGGUUAGUUUAAAUUAAUGUACCUUUGUGAUCUUCUAAUGCAUUUUCCAAGGUGCUACAAAUAGUCCAGACUGCUGGGCCUGGCAGAUACAAAGCUGGGUAUUUGGAAAUGCCAUUUGCAUUUACUCCUGAUCACUUAUACCCAAGGAGCAUGCUUUUCCAUAUGAAAAUAUUUAUCAGGUGGUCUUUUUCGUCUAAAAGGUUAUUAUAUGGCCUGUUCCUUUUUUAUAGUAAGAGAAACAAAUUCUUGUUGUGAAUCUUAACAUGCUCUUUAGCUGUGGCUGUGAUGGGUUUUAUCUUUAGUCUAGAUCAAGCUGUGUAAAAGUCAUUCAUGUGAUUUGAAUCAUGUACUGUACUGCUGUUUACAUGGAUGUUUUGUGCGGGUGCUUUGAAGUGCCUUGCAUCAGGGACUUGGAACAAUUGAAUUAUUUUUUCAUGGGACUGUGUAAAGCAUGGAACUAGGUAUUGCUUUGGUAUAUAAUAAUUUGUAGCCUUACAAUAGAUUUUUUUUAUUUAAGUGGAGAUAAAAAACCAACUUUUAAAUUAUGGACGACACUUACUAGAGAAUGGGUUUGAGGAUUUUCCAAGCAUACAACAACGAUGUUUUCUCAUUAAAUAUGACAGGUAGUAAAUGUUGAUAUACGUAUACAUGACAAUAUGAGACUUUUUCAUGAAA